UAAAUUAGGAUAAAGUCCCAGCUGAAGUUGAAGCCUCAAGGCCUGUAAUGCAGUAAGGCUGGUGCACUCCUAUCAGUCUGCCUUUUUUUACUUUAUUUUAAACUCUGAAUGAUUUAUUUCUUCACACAUUGGCAACUUUUAGGUUUCUCACUAACUUCCAUUAAUUAAUAAUUAGUGAAUUUGUUAUAUUUAGUGUCCUUUUAUCAUUCUGUGAUGUUUUAGUUUGACAAUCUUGUCUGAUUCUAUCAGAAUGGAGAUUGGUUUAGGUGAAUACGGUGAACCGGUUGAUGAAGGUGUUGCUGAUCAUCAGGUGCCCAGAGAACCAAAUUUAAUGAAUUCAACAUCGUCACCCAUAGCGUCCACAGAAGAUCAAUUAUUACGAUGUCGUUUGGAGCGAUUUGAAGAUGAGGAAAUAAGAAAAUUAGAAGAAGAUCGACUCCAGGAAAUAAUAAGAUUGUGUCAGAGCUACAAUGAUUCCCAGGAAGGUAAAAGAGUCAGGAGUUUAAGAGUUAAUGAGGUGGACCGUUUAUUGGAGUUAAUGAAAAACCCCGAUGUUGUUCAAUCAACAACUGUUGAUAAUAACAGACUGGUAUCAUCAAUGGAAACACCCAAUGAUAUUAAUCCUAUUGGUUUGGGUCAUACAGCUGUUGAAGAAAUGUCUAAAGUAAUUCCAAGCCAGGACAAUUCAAUAUCUAGCAAUGAAAGGAAAUGUCAUUAUACUGAAUCUGGUGAUUAUGAGCAAUUGGAAAAUGACAAUGAGUUUAUUACAGGUGGUGAGAAUGUACAUGCUAACGGUUCAACUGAUGACAAUGAUGCUGGUUGUGCCAAAUUAACUGCUUUAUCAAUUGAAGAGAGUCUCAUACGUGGUGAAAUUGAUGAUAUGAAACACCAACAGUUUAGUGAUGCCGAGGACGAGGAACUUAAAGAGUUUCAAAGGAUCGAAAAAGAAAUUAAGUUAAACGAAUUGUACAAGUGUUUGGAAACCAUCGAGAAAGAAAUCAUUGCUAUCAAACAACAGCAACAAGCUUCUUUAAAUCAACCAUUACAGCUUGACAAUGUCUGUCUAGGAGCCGUUAAGGAUAGUAAAGAAGCUCCUCUUGCUUCCUGUGAAUCGGAUGAAUCUACUUCUUCAGAUGAUGAUGCAUCAUUUGGUGACAAAGUUAAAUCGGCUGAUUAUUCACUAAUUCUUCAUAAACAUCAAAAUUUAAACAAUCAUCACACUUAUUCAUCCAUCUAUAGCAACGAAACCAAUAGUGAAUCUCUCGAUUCAUCUAAAAAUGAGAUAGAUGGUGAAAAUAAAAUUGGCGCCAAUGAAAGCACCGUAAAUCCAUUGCGCCUUAGACGCGGAAACAGAGAAAAUGGAUCAGAAGAUUUGAAAGAAAGGCAACAACGUCCAUUAACAAUUUAUCUUCCCUCAACUUCUUAUGAUCUAGAUUUGAUUGAUCAUAUCGUUAAUUUAGGACAUGAUGUUGAUUCAUUUGCCCAUCUGGUCCGAUUAACGCCCACCUCAUGCUCCGGAUACCUUUGGAAACUUUGUUCAAAUACAGAGAAUCAAUGGAGGAAAAGAUAUUUUCUGUUUGAUCGUCAAAACAAAGUUUUCUUAUAUUUCAAGUCAUUUAAAAGUUUUGCAAAAGCAAAGAAGGCAAAAUAUGGUGUUUAUUUCAACCAAAUUGAAGAUGCCUAUGUUGAUCAUAACCGAACUAAAUUAGAGAAAAAAAGUAACCCUUUAGGUGGAAGCCUGAGAAGACGCAGUAACUCAACAAGAUACGUUUUUGCAGUGGUUACAUCGGAACGGAAUUUCACACUUUCUACCUUUGUUCCUGAAGUGAUGCGGAUCUGGAUCGACGUAAUUUUCACCGGAGCUGAGGGCUACUUAAGUUUCGAGUGAAAAUCAAAUGAUAAAUUUGAAUUGCUCAAAAUUGAACAACAAAUGCAACUAACUGAUGAAACUUUUCUAGUUUAAUGUAACAAAUAAUCUUACCUGAUCUCUUGGAGAAUCCUGUCAACUUUGAUUAUUGCCCCGAUCUGUCAGUAACCAAACAAACAGCAACCGAUCAUCAUCUGAUUACAAUUUAUUUCUUGUGAUCAAUCCAAUUGUUCGAAUUAUGCAGCACAAAGUAAAAAGAAAUGAAAUAUUUUCAAAUUUCAUUAUUUAAUUUUCCA